AUGGGUUCCAGUAACUAUGAUUGUAAGUUCCAAAAUGAAGAUGAAAAAAAGAAUUAUUUGAACGAAAAAGAAAUGCAUGACUAUAAUACUAAUGAUAAGAAUGUUUGUUCUGCUUUUCAUUAUGCUAAAAAUUUAGGUGUAGAUGAGAAAAAUAAAUUUUCGAAUGAAAAUGAAAUUAGUUUUACUUCUAGAAAGGAUGAUAAUGGUACAAGUAAAAAUGAAAACUAUUGUAAGGACCCUAGAUGCAACAAUGUUGUAUUUCAGAAAGAAAAAAAUAAAAAAAAUUUUCUACACGAGUUAUGUAAAAAGUAUGUAAAACUAUCUUUGUAUAGACCACGUUGUAUUAUACUAAGUGUUAUAAUAGGGUACUUAAUUAUUAUCAUAAUGAGUAUAUCUUUUUAUAAUAGCAUAUUUGAUGACACAAAUAAUAUGACUUCAUUAAUGGACUCCUUUUCAAAAAAGACAAAUGUGAAGGAAUAUGUAAAAAUGAAUGUAACAAAGGCUAGUGAUGUAGUAAUUCAUACAAGUGACAACAUAGGAAAUAAUGUAGAGCAUUUUUUAAAAUUUUAUAAAAAAGAAAAAGCGGCAUCACUGUUGUUUUAUGUUGAUAAAAAAGAGGAUGGAAAUAUGUUACAAUACGAUAUAUUAAAGGACAUAUUUUUUUUGUUACAAUUUUUUAAACAGAUUAGUAUUGGAAAUAAUAAAAAUUGGAGUGAUAUGUGUAAAAAAUAUGAUAUUCCUUUUAUAGGUUCUAAAUGUUUUGUACUAGGUUUAUUUACUGUAUCUGAACUUUUAAAUGCUGAAUAUGACACGACGCCUAAUUGGGAAUUAUAUUUUAAUGAUCUUUUAAAUAAAAAUGAUAAAUCCUUGGGAAAUUUUUUCUACAAUGCACUUAUUUUUUUACCUAAUUUUUUAUAUCAUCCUCAUAAGUUUAACCAUGGGAGAGUCAAAGUAAAAGACGUAAUAAAUGAUAUAUCAAAAAAUGUGGAAGCCUUUUUAUUUGUUUUUAACUUGGAUGAAAAUGUUGAUGAUUCAGCACUGAAUGAGUGGUAUCGUAUGUUAAACAAGUAUGUAAAAUUAAUAAAUGAAAGAAAAGAAACGUAUGUAACUAUCCACAAUUUAGACAACACUACCUUUAUUCACAACUUAAAUAAGGACAGAAAUUGGCAUAUUGCAGUAAUAAAUGAAAAUAUAGUGGAGGAAAAUGAGCAGACAUCCAUAAUUAUAGGUUUUAAAUCUAAUUUUGUCUUUGCAAUUUUAUCUUUUCUCUUUAUAGUUAUUUAUGUAUACUCUAUUUCAUCGGAUGUUUUGAAACCUAGUGGAAAAGUUGGAGGAGAAGGGAGAAGAAGGUUUCUUCUCAUUAUUGCCGUGUACUCCUUGACUUUUUUUUCUUUCUUCUCUACAUUUUUCAUCUAUUUAUUAUUCCGAAUUUGUAUAUUAAGAAUUUAUUUAUUAAAUUUUUUCCCUCUUUUUUUUUUAAGUUUCUUAUUUUGUUGUGUGAACGUGUAUUAUCGAAACAAAUGUGUACUAAAAAAUUCCCAAAUUAUCAUGCAAAAAAUGAAGAACAUAAAGAAUCUGAAGAACCAAUCAGUUGAUAUGACUAAAUAUUACAUACAAGCUAGCUAUAAAUCACUUUACUUUGUUGGGAAAGUCUCAUUGAUAAUUGUAACGAUACACAUCGUUGGAUUUAUCUGCACGUACAAAAUUGUUAAUACCUUUUCAUUAAAUUCGAUAUUUACUAUUAUAUUUUUGUUUUUUUAUUAUACGAUAUUUUUUAACAAUAUAUUUGGAUAUUUGUUCUACAAGAAUAGGAACCUAUUAUUAUCAUCAUCGUUGUUAGCAUUGCCCUUGUCUUCUCCUUCUUCUUCUUCUUCUUCUCACCUACCCAACGAUCAGUCUGAUCAGCAUGUAAUAGCCUUUUCAAAUGAAAUUAAAUGGAAAGAGCUGGACCCUGUUAAAGUAUUAGGGCAGAAUAAUUGUAAUUCACAGUGUAACGGUGAUAUCAAUUCGAUAAGCAUUUCAAAACAUGGUAUAAAUCAGAGUAUUGCUAACACUAAUCCAGAGAUGGAAAAAAAUACAUGCUGUUCACACGAAUGUUUGAGUCAGAAGAAUUAUAAUCGCGUGAUGGACAUGCACACAAGAAAUUUCAUUCAUCAAUGUGAGAAUGGGAGAAUUAUGGAAAAUGAAGAAAUUUGUAGAAAAAGUGGGAAAUUAUGCGAUGGAAGGGCGCAUAAAAAAGGGUUUUUAUUUUUUUUUGUAUUUUUUGUUUUCUUUUUUUUAGGAUUAUUUAUAUGUCUAUUUAUUAAGAACGAGAAUAUGCAAUUUAACAUUUACAGCUAUAUGAACAAGACAUCACGAUUACGCAUAUUUAUCGAGAAUUUUGAAAAAAAAGCUGGAUUCGUAAUUGAACCUGGUUAUUUGAUAUUACCUUCUUCCAGUGACUUUGACUAUGAAGAUGAAGAAAAUACAGAUAUAAUAAUAAAACUAAUAGAUGACAUGAAACGAGAAGGAUAUAUACACGAACCUAUUGUAUCAUGGAUUCAUGCAUUUAAAUUAUUAAAAAAUGAUUGUUCUAAUAUAAGCUCUUUCAGUGAACAAUAUGAUGUAGAUCGUUAUAAAAAACACUGUCAUGAUAUCACUUUACAAAAACAGAGUAAGGAACUGUAUUUUGAUAAAUUAAAAGAAAUAUUUGAAAUUGAUACAGAAAAGACAUGUAAUAGCUUUUACAAAAUUGUUUAUGAGUGGUUAAUGCAUGGUGAAGAUGGUAUAUAUGAUAGUCAAAGUUUUAAAAUUAAAACAGUUUUUCAAGAUCAAAUUAGUCAGAUUCUUCCACAAUAUUAUAAUAUAACGCCGCAUUUAUUCUACCAAGAUUUUUUAAAGAUGGACGAAAAGUACAACAUAACAAGCAGUCGAAUCGGAUUCGUUCUUCACAACUAUGCUAGCAAUCAAGGAAAAAAUUUUUCAAAUUUAAACGGAAUAAAAAAUAUGGUCAAAAAAAGUAAUAUUAAGAAUAUUUAUUUUUAUUCAGAAUCCUAUACGUUGUAUAAUCAAGUCCUGAAUUUUCUACUAGAAUAUAAAGUCAUGUUAACUUUUUAUUUUUUAAUUUACUUAUUUUCUUUAUAUAUGUUUAACACAAUGGGGGUUGUAAUAGCGUUUCAGUUUUGGUUAUGCUACAAUUUAAGUGUACUUUAUUUUAUGAACACGUUUUCAAUUAAUACCGAUGCAAUAACAAUUAUUUUACUAAAUAUGGCUACAGCAAUAUCUCUCUCUCAUUAUUUGUAUUCAACUCUUUUUUUUAAAUCGAUCAUGCUAGACAAAAUGAAUUUAGCUAACAAUAUGGUGCAGUCCUAUCCUUAUUUAGUAUUCCUCUUAUUAUACCUUGUUAGCUUCAACAUGGAAGACUACGUAUCGAAUGUUUUGCGAUUUCUCAUUUUAAAUCACAUCGUUUGGUUCAUUCUAUACAAUUUAACAAUUUUUUGUGUGCACAAAAUAUGCGUGAAGAGGAGAUGA